UCAGUCAUUGUCAUCGCGGUUUGGUUUCUUGUCGAUCUUUACUCUGUUGUGGAGCUGGAAAACCUUUGUCUGAAAUAGUCGUGUUUGCUCCGGUGUGCUCGUGAUGGCGCUGCUCGAUGCUGUAACGGUUUUAACCGGUUUAACGGUCAUCCAGCAGAGGGCGCGCUCCCGCCUCCGCACACUCACCGCACACUCAUCUGCAUAGCCCCGCCCUCUGAGUAUGUCAGCCGUCCAAUGAGAAUGCGGCAGGAGACACCCGUUACACCCGCAUCAGAGCCGUCUCCGCCGCCGCCUGAGAGCUUCAUCUGUCCGGUGAGAGGCUCCGAACCCACGCCGAACCAUGACGGACGGCGAAGCCGAAGAUGAGAUCCAGUUCUUACGGACCGAUGAUGAGGUGGUCCUCCAGUGCUCCGCGAUGCUUCAGAAGGAGCAGCAGAAGCUCUGUCUGGCUGCAGAGGGCUUCGGGAACAGACUGUGUUUCCUCGAGUCCACGUCAAACUCAAAGAACGUUCCUCCGGAUCUGUCCAUAUGUACGUUUGUGCUGGAGCAGUCUCUGUCUGUACGAGCGCUGCAGGAGAUGCUGGCUAACACGGAGGAGAGAGCAGAAGGGCUCAUAGACAUGGAGAAAUGGAAAUUCAUGAUGAAGACGGCGCAGGGCGGAGGUCACCGGACGCUGCUCUACGGUCACGCAGUCUUACUGAGACACUCCUACAGUGGGAUGUAUCUGUGCUGUCUGUCUACAGCUCGCUCAUCCACAGACAAACUAGCAUUUGACGUGGGGCUUCAGGAAGACACGACAGGUGAGGCGUGCUGGUGGACCAUCCACCCGGCAUCCAAGCAGAGGUCAGAGGGUGAGAAGGUGCGAGUGGGCGAUGACCUCAUCCUGGUCAGCGUGUCGUCUGAACGAUACCUGCACUUGUCGUAUGGUAACUGCAGUCUGCACGUGGACGCAGCUUUCCAGCAGACGCUCUGGAGCGUGGCUCCCAUCUGCUCCGGCAGUGAAGUGGCUCAGGGCUUCCUGAUUGGUGGAGAUGUUCUGCGGCUGCUGCACGGUCACAUGGACGAGUGUUUGACCGUCCCGUCAGGAGAACACGGAGAGGAGCAGCGCAGGACGGUGCAUUACGAGGGUGGAGCUGUGGUCCAUCCACGCCAGAUCCCUGUGGAGGCUGGAGACGCUGCGAGUGGC